AGAAACAACAGAAGCUAAGGAAAGACUAGUUUCCACAUUUCACUGACUACCAUAGAAGAGAAGAGAACGUGGCAAAAACACACAUGAAUGAUUAGAGACGUAUACAGAAGAAAUUAUAUCAUGAAUCCAUUAUUUCAUACAGAUAAACGUAUAUGGAAUACCAAACAAAUCUUCACUAAACUUUUUUUAAAAAAAAAAAAAAUCUAAGUCUCUGGUAGAAACUUUUUCUUUUCUUUCUUUCUUUGCAGGACAUGAGAUACACCUUCAUUAACGGCGUGCAUACGUUCAUGUCUCUCCUUCUUUUUGCUUUCCUCAGGCCUGCUUAUGAUAAUGUUGGACAAUUGUUCAUUUACAGUCUUUUUUGAUUACUGGAUUUGAAGCUAAAUGCCCCUUCCUAAUUUCAAUUAUGAAUUCGAUGUCGGAUAACCUCAUAAAACAAAAUGGAAGAAUCAACAGCUCAAAAUUUUCUGGUGUUUCAGAUGUUUUUGAGCCAACUAUAAUCCUUAAUGAUGACACUGAGGCAAAGCAGCAAAUAGUAUUGAUAGACUGGAUAAACAGUAUUGUCCCUAAUUUGAAUUUGCCACUAAAAGCUUCAUCUGAGGAGUUGAGAGCCUGCUUGAUUGAUGGCACUGUUCUACUUCAAAUACUUAACAAGCUUAGACCUGGUUUUGUGAGUGAGGGAGGUGUCUCUGAUCAUUCUACGUCAUCACACCCAGAAAAUAUUAAAAAGUUUCUAGUAACCAUGGGUGAAUUGGGGAUCAAACAAUUUGAAAUAUCAGACCUAGAGAAGGGAUCUAUGAAGACUGUUAUGGAUUGCCUUUUAGCACUUAAAGAACAAUUUGCCUUUGAGGUAGAUAAUGUUUCUGCUACUAGUACAACUACUAGAGGUGGAAGUCGUUGUGGGAGUGUAUCCUCUUAUGGGCUUCCUUCUCCACAAUCUGGAGAAGACAAACUGAAGGUUUUGCAAGAUGCAAAAUUCCGACGAGCUCAGCGUGUUCCUGUCAUGGCAGAGGCAUCAACUGCAUUGAUGCAUCAUAUUGGACAUAAGUUCCAUGACGUGUUUCAAUUGAAACAAGGGCGCUAUGCAGAUCUCUCUGCAACAAAGAUUUCAGAGAUGAUGAGAUCAAGCAGUUUGGAUAAUGCCCCAACUCAGUCACUAUUGAGUGUUGUGAAUGGAAUUCUGGAUGAAAGCGUUGAAAGAAAGAAUGGAGAAAUACCUCAUCGUGUAGCAUGUCUUUUAAGAAAAGUUGUGCAGGAGAUUGAACGGCGCAUUUCAACUCAAGCGGAACACUUAAGAACUCAAAACAACUUGUUCAAGGCUCGAGAGGAAAAGUACCAAUCAAGAAUCAGAGUUCUUGAAGCCCUUGCUUCUGGGACUGGUGAAGAGACUUUGAUUGUUAAGGGUCAGCUUCAACAAAUAAAGCUUGAGAAGACCAAAAUGGAUGAGAAGAAGAAAUUUGAGGAGGAAGAUGUGAUAAAAUUGAUAAGAGAGAAGGAGGAAACAAAUCUUGAACUUUCCACAUUGAAGCAAGCAUUGGAAAGGGCCAGAAGGACACUUGAACUUGAGAAGUCUGAAAUGGAUGAAAAAAGGAAAGUUGAGGAGGAAGAUAUGACAAAAUUGAUGAAAGAGAAGGAGCAAAUAAAUCUUCAACUUUCUACUUUGAAACAAGAAUUGGAAAUGGCCAAAAAAACACUUGAACUAGGGAAGUCCAAAACAGAUGAAAGAAGUACACAAAAGGAGGAAGAUGUGAUUAAAUUGAUGAAAGAGAAGGAGGAAAUAGACCUUGAACUUUCAAAACUGAAGCAGGAAUUGGAAAAGGCCAAAAGGACACUUGAACUUGAGAAGUCAAAAAUGGAUGGAAAAAGUACACGAGAGGAAGAUGUGAUUAAAUUGAUAAAAGAGAAGGAGCAAACAAACAUCGAACUCUCAACAUUGAAGCAUGAGUUAGAAAUAGCCAAAAGAGCACUUGAACUUGAGAAAUCUAAAAUGGAUGAAAAGAGAAAAGCAGAGGAGGAAGAUAUGAUUAAAUCGGUGAAAGAGAAGGAGCAAACAAACAAUGAACUUUCAGCAUUGAGGCAAGAAUUGGAAAUAACCAAAAAGACAUAUGAACUGCGUUGUUUGCAAAUGGAAACAGAAGCUAAAGAUGCUAAAGCAGACCUUGAUAAGAGGUUAAAAGAGCUUGUGCAACUCUUGGACGAUUCAAGGAACAAGGUGAAAGUGCUUGAGGCAUAUUCUAAGUCACAAAAGCAGAAAUGGAACAAGAAAGAAAUAAUUUUCCAGAGGUUGACAGAGUUUCAUUUUGGUGCACUGCAGGAAUUGAGGUUGUCUUCACAGUGCAUCAAGCAUGAAAUUUUGAAAGCUAAAAAAAGCUAUUCAGAGGAUUUCAAUUGCCUAGGAUUAAAGUUUAAAAAAUUAGUAGUUGAAGGUGAGAACUACCAUUUAGUUCUUGCUGAAAAUCGGAAGCUGUUCAAUGAGCUGCAGGAUUUAAAAGGAAACAUUAGAGUUUAUUGUCGGAUAAGGCCAUUGCUAUCUGGUCAGGCUGAAAAACAAACAACAAUAGAGUAUAUUGGCGAAAAUGGAGAGUUGGUUGUUGCAAAUCCUUCCAAACAAGGGAAGGAUGGUAAUCGAUUAUUUAGGUUUAAUAAGGUGUACGGCCCAAAUUCUACUCAAGGGGAGGUAUUUUCAGAUACGCAACCCUUAAUACGCUGUGUUCUUGAUGGAUAUAAUGUGUGUAUAUUUGCUUAUGGGCAAACUGGUUCAGGGAAAACUUACACAAUGACUGGUCCUAAUGGAGCAACAGAAGAAGAAUGGGGAGUUAAUUAUCGAGCACUCAAUGAUCUUUUCAGUAUCUCUCAGAAUAGAAGCAGUUCUUUUAUGUAUGAAGUUGGAGUACAAAUGCUUGAAAUAUAUAAUGAACAAUUGCGUGAUCUUCUAGCUAAUGAUGGUUCUCAGAAGAGACUUGGGAUCAAGUCUAUUUCUGAACACAAUGGGUUAGUUGUGCCUGAUGCUACCAUGCACCCUGUGAGAUCAACUUCAGAUGUUAUAGAAUUAAUGGACAUUGGACUAAACAACAGAGCUGUUAGUGCCACUUCAUUAAAUGAAAGAAGCAGCCGCUCACACAGCGUUGUCAGUAUUCAUGUUCAUGGAAAGGACUUGCAUACUGGUGCUACUUCGCAGGGUAAUCUUCAUUUAGUGGAUCUAGCCGGAAGUGAAAGGGUAGAUCGCUCAGAAGUAACAGGAGAUAGGCUCAGAGAAGCACAACACAUAAACAAAUCUUUAUCUGCCCUAGGAGAUGUCAUUUUUGCUCUUGCACAAAAGAGUUCUCAUGUACCCUAUAGAAAUAGCAAGCUCACUCAACUCCUUCAAACCUCUCUUGGAGGUCAAGCAAAGACACUUAUGUUUGUGCAGCUCAAUCCUGAUGUAAGUUCAUACUCUGAAACUAUUAGUACCUUAAAGUUCGCAGAAAGAGUCUCAGGAGUUGAGCUAGGAGCUGCACGAAGUAGUAAAGAGGGCAAUAUUAGAGAAUUAAUGGAUCAGGUGGCAUCUCUUAAAGACACAAUUUCAGAAAAGGAUGGCGAGAUUGAGCGAUUACAAUUGCUUAAAGAUCUAAAAAACGAUUAUCCUAGUGUUAAUGGCGAGAAACAAGGAACACCAUUGAAGCAUGGAUAUUCCUCCGUGAGCAAUGAUUCCGUGCGAGGGGCUCUGCGAAACCAAAAGCAAUCCUCAAAGACAACUUCUGAUCAUGAUUACUGUUCAGAAAAUAUUGAUAAGCAUUCUGAACUUGAUUCCCAGCAAUCCGCAGAGGAUUUAAAACAACAAAGUAGAUUUCUCAAGCAAUCCAAAUAUUCUCGAGGAGAUAUAAACCAGGAUGUUGAAAUUUUAGGAUAUGCAGAUGGAGAUCGUGAAGAUAGAUUAAGUGAUGUUUCUGAUGGUUGUCUUUCUGUUGGAACAGAACCAGAUAUCUCAACGGGCGAGAGCACAAAACCAUUGGAAUCAGAGGGGAAUAAAGUGUUAUCUAGGGUUCGAAGCCUGCAAAAGUUAAAGCAAACUACAUCAUCAUCGUCAAGAGACUCACCAAGAGCACCAACAAGUAUGAGGAAAACUGCAACUACCAACACCAUCUCAGUCAAGCCUCCUAGACGAUGGCAGUAAAUAAUGGAAAUCAUGAAUUGAAUUUUUCUUUUAUUUUUUACAAUAAUAUUUUCAGGGUUACUAAUUUGUUAUAUGAUUUUUAUAGUAUCAUGUAGUUUUAUAAUCAUAGAUAUAUUUAAUUAGGCUUGUAAUAGUUAAAAUUGAAACAACAAAAUUGUAGAAUAGUAUAUUUCCUCUGUAAUUUAGACAGUAAAUUACUUACAUUAAAACUAUAUUUAUUAGAGGUGUUUGAUUU